CUCUGGGGCAACCACGCAGGCCAUGGCCAUGGGGCUGGCAACUAGCGCUUAGCAACCCUGACCACCUGCCGGCUGAGGAGCCAGAGCCCCCAGCCAGGACCCUGUGCCCGGGCUGGCCUCCCGUGCAUGGAAUGGUGCUGUGCCCUGGGCCAGCAGGCUGGGCUCGCCAUGGUGCUGGGUGCCAUCCUGGCACGAGGGCGGGAUGUGUGCAGGCGGAAUGGACUGCUCAUCCUGUCUGUGCUCUCUGUCACCGUGGGCUGCCUCCUCGGCUUCUUCCUGAGGACCCGGCACCUCUCACCACAGGAAAUCAGUUACUUCCAGUUUCCCGGAGAGCUCUUGAUGAGGAUGUUGAAGAUGCUGAUCCUACCGCUGGUGGUCUCCAGCUUGAUGUCCGGCCUCGCCUCCCUGGAUGCCAAGACCUCCAGCCGCCUGGGCAUCCUCACUGUAGCGUACUACCUGUGGACCACCUUCAUGGCAGUCAUCGUGGGCAUCGUCAUGGUGUCCAUCAUCCACCCGGGCAGCGCGGCCCAGAAGGAGACGACGGAGCAUAGCGGGAAGCCCAUCAUGAGCUCAGCAGACCCCCUGCUGGACCUCAUUCGGAACAUGUUCCCAGCCAACCUGGUGGAAGCCACAUUCAAACAGUACCGCACCAAGACCACCCCCGUUGUGAAGUCCCCCAAGGUGGCACCGGAGGAGGCCCCUCCUCGGCGGAUCCUCAUCUAUGGGGUCCAGGAGGAGAAUGGCUCUCGUGUGCAGAACUUCGCCCUGGACCUGACCCCCCCGCCCGAGGUCGUUUACAAGUCAGAGCCUGGCACCAGCGACGGCAUGAACGUGCUGGGCAUCGUCAUCUUCUCUGCCACCAUGGGCAUCAUGCUGGGCCGUAUGGGUGACAGCGGGGCCCCCCUGGUCAGCUUCUGCCAGUGCCUCAAUGAGUCCGUCAUGAAGAUCGUGGCAGUGGCUGUGUGGUACUUCCCCUUUGGCAUCGUGUUCCUCAUCGCUGGCAAGAUCCUGGAGAUGGACAACCCCACGACCGUGGGAAAGAAGCUGGGCUUCUACGCUGUCACCGUGGUGUGCGGGCUGGUGGUGCACGGCCUCUUCAUCCUGCCCCUGCUUUACUUCUUCAUCACCAAAAAGAACCCCAUCGUCUUCAUCCGCGGCAUUCUCCAGGCCCUGCUCAUUGCGCUGGCCACCUCCUCCAGCUCAGCCACACUGCCAAUCACCUUCAAGUGCCUGCUGGAGAACAACCACAUCGACCGGCGCAUUGCCCGUUUUGUGCUGCCCGUGGGCGCCACCAUAAACAUGGACGGCACUGCACUCUAUGAGGCUGUGGCUGCCAUCUUCAUUGCCCAGGUCAACAACUAUGAUCUGGACUUCGGCCAGAUCAUCACCAUCAGCAUCACAGCCACCGCAGCCAGCAUCGGGGCAGCCGGCAUCCCCCAGGCCGGGCUCGUCACCAUGGUCAUCGUGCUCACCUCCGUGGGACUUCCCACUGAUGACAUCACCCUCAUCAUCGCUGUCGACUGGGCUCUGGACCGUUUCCGCACCAUGAUUAACGUGCUGGGUGAUGCACUGGCCGCCGGGAUCAUGGCUCAUGUCUGCCGGAAGGACUUCACUCAGGACACGGGCACUGAGAAACUGCCGCCCUGCGAGACCAGCCCAGUGAGCCUCCAGGAGAUCGUGGCGACCCAGCAGAACGGCUGUGUGAAGAGUGUGGCUGAGGCCUCAGAGCUGACCCUGGGCCCCACCUGUCCCCACCACGUCCCCAUCCAGGUAGAGCAGGAUGAGGAGCCGGCUGCCGCCAGCCUGGACCACUGCACCAUUGAGAUCAGUGAGCUUGAGACCAACGUCUGAGCCUGCGGAGCUGUAGGGGCUGGGGGAGGCCUCCGUGAUCAGGGGCCAAGGGCAGAAUCUCAACUCACGGCUUUCCUGAGCACAGGACCAGGCUCACACUACCUUCCCCCCACCUUGAGAGUCCGGAAUGAGAUCCACGUGACGGAAAGUGGAGUCUCAGAAAGGGGAAAGACUGCGUGUGGGAGCCCCGGCUGGAGAGUUACAGGCAGGCGUAGCCCAAGCCCCGCCUGUAACAUUUCCAUCGUGUUGACCUGUGAGGGCGGCAGGCAGGGGUACGGUCCCCACUUUCUGGAACACAGAGUUGAGGCUCUGAGAGCUGAAAACAGUUGCCCCGGGUCUCAGAGCAAAUAAUGUCAGGGCCAGGACUCUAGUUCAAGGCUUUCAAGCCUCGGCCCCUCCCUCCCAGAGGAUAGGGUUGCCUGCAAGGCCAGAUGCCAAGAGAGAGGCUCCACCCCUUCCCAGGAGCCCCAAAGCCACCACUGCUUUCAAUUUAUGAAGACAUAGCAAUGUCCCGGUUCUGCCCCAGCUGUGUCCCAGCCCAGGCCAGCCCCCACCCUGCCCCGUAACACGUGGUCUCAAACAAACUGCUCUCCCCAAGGAUGGGCCCAGCCUAAGGCCAAGACCGCUGCCUUCCAUGUGCCACAUGACCUGUGUGUAUGGGGGCCCAUCCUGUCUCCUGUCCUACCAGUUAUCUCUCACAAAGCUCACCCAAUGUGGAGACGAGGAUGUCUUCAUCAGAGCCCCAGGGCCCUUAGAAACACCAGGGCUAGCCUCCCACUGAACAGGUGGGCUGGCCGGGACUGGGGAGGCAGACUCACCUGGGAUGCUUUAGUCAAGCUACCCAUGUGGCCCUGGGGUCAGCACUCCCCCAAAGCCCGUGUGAUGAAGUGGAGUUAGGUUUUCUAUUCCCUUCGGUGUUUGCAAAUUCAGUGAUGACUAAAUAAAGGUAUUUUCUUUUUCAACCUUGUGGGCCUAGCGACCAUACUCUGGCCAGCAUUUCUUUAUUAGGCUAAUACAGGCAGUCAAAGAGCAGACUGGCCUGUCUGGGCAGCCAGAGGACAGACAGGGCUGUCCAGGAAGCUAGAAUGUCAACAGCCUUGUCCGUGUAGCUGAAGUGUAGACAGCUCUGCCUGGGCUGUCAGCGUGUGGACAGGCCUGCCUGGGCCGCCAGCGUGCAAAUGAGCCCAUCCUGGUGGCUGGAGUGGGGACAGGCCUGCCUGAGCCGUCACAUGCAGGAGGUAGAGUGCAAACCAGGCUGCCCAGGGGCCUGUCUGGACAGCCACAGUGUGGACAGACCACUCUGCCCGCAGCCUGGGCUCUGCUCUGCAGGCAGGGCCCUGAGGUCGGCCCUCACAAAAGAAACACAUUUCCUCAGCCAGCCUGGCUCCUUUCAGUGAAUGCUUUGCUUUAAGAAGGGGAUGUGCCCAAGAAGUUUCCGGACUCUCCCUCCGUCGUUCUCCUCAGCCCCACGGUGCCUCCAGGAGGCUCGCAGGGGACACAGAA